AUGGCAACACAGGCUGCCGAGAAGCACGACGCCCUGACGGUUUGGGCCAACGACACAACUCACGACUUCUACUACCCUCCUUCCGAUUUACAAGUACCAGACGAUCCAGUCAGAACGGGACCUGGUCGCGCAUGGGAUGAGGCCGACUUCGCGAAGAAACAAGCGUCACUGGCCUACGCAGUCAACAAGAAUAAACCACCACACGCCGGAAGAUUUCCCAUUCGGACUAAACUUCAACCUCUCGAUAGCGGCUCGAAGAAAGCGAUCUUGACCAACCAUUUCCAGCUGAAGACGCGCGACAAGGAACUCUACGAGUACGAAAUUCUCGAUCUCGACGCGGACGGUCCGACUCGGAAAAAGAUCCAGGCUUUGUUUCGUAAAGCAGUCGAUACAUGGCCUUUCCUCAACGCCCACCAGGACAGUUUCGCUACAGACGGCCAGAAAACCAUCGUAUCUUGGAAAAGCCUGCACAGUAACAUGGACCCUAGCACGCUCGAGGCAGGCGCUUCAUCUACUUGGCGCCGCGAUCUUGUAGUCAAUAGCGCUAUUACCAUUCCAGCGCGUUUCAGCUUCGUUGGAACGGUCGAUGUUGCUGGUCUCAUCCAGCAGAGCGAGAGUAAUCCGGACCAAGAAAAGACUGACCAUACUUCUGCGGAGCGGUGUCUUAACAUCCUUAUUGCGAAGAGCUUUGACGCAAGCGUAGUCCGGCUUUCUGGAAAGAAAUUCUACGUAAGAAAAGCUCGCGCAAACCUUGGAAGUUCCACGUCGCUUGAGAUCAUUCGAGGCUACCAUUACGCUGUCAGGCCGGGUAUGGGAAACCUGCUCAUGAACUUCAACGUUGCGACUAGUGCAUUCUUUCGUCCAAUCCUUGUAAGCGAGUUUCUUGCGGAUCGUGGCACAUUCAGCAGCGACUGGGAACGACAAGUCAAUCUCAAAACUCUCCGGGUUUAUGUAGAGUUCCCUCAUUCUGAGGAUCGCCUGAACAGGCCAGGUGCUCGUAUCAAGAAGAUCAAGGAUCUUGGACCCGCUAUCGGCACUCUGUCCUUCCGGAAAGUAUCCAAAGAUGCCCAAGGACACCCGAUAAGGGACAUAACCCAACCAGGUGGUUGGCAAAUCGAUCCUCCUACUCAGGUAGUUGAUCAUCUGAUGACAGUGUUUGGUCAGUCUGCCGUCCCAGGUCGAAAGGCUGUCAACGUGGGAUCAGCUGGUGACCCGGUCUAUUACGCUCAAGAAAUGCUUCGCAUCAUUCCUUACCAAUUGUACACACGUCCUGUUCCCGAUCGAUUUACCCGCAACAUGGUCGAGAUGGCUGCACUUGAUCCAGGUCAAUCGCAGUGGCUCAUCGAAAAUGAAGGCCUUUCUCAACUUGGAUUUGCCAACGCUAAGAAUGAGGAGGUUCAGUUUACGUUGAAAUACUUUGUCAUUCAUUCAUUGGAUUCGACAGUCCCCGUGGCCGGUUUCGAGACGGAGUUGCAAGACCAAAUGCUCCGAAGAUGCAAUACGAAGGCCGAGGGGGUAGUCCGCUUGAAUGCCAGCGAAGCUGCAAGUGAACUCAAAGGCUCUUCCAUGGAACUAAGAAUGAAGCAAGCUAAAGAAUCCGAGGCUGAGCUGGCGGUUCUGUUGCUUCAGAAUUUCGACCGGAGCGCUUACGCGGAGUUCAAGAACCUGGCAGAUCGCAAGUAUGGGCUACGCUCUCUCUGUUUAGCAAAGCCGGCGCUGUUCUCGAACUCCAAGUACAUGAGCAACGUUGCUCAGAAGAUAAACAUCAAGUUCGGUGGUGUGAACUCUUACGUGGCGAAGGUCAAAUCUUUCUUGGAGACAAAGACGCUCGUUCUGGGUGCAGAUCUAGUACAUCCCCCAGCUGGGGCACUCGAAGAUACACCCUCUAUUGCCUGUAUGGUUGGUUCUAUCGACAAUCACGGCGGCUGUUUCCCGGGAUCUGCCCGACUCCAAAGCAAGGACCGAGACGACCGAGAGAUAAUUGACGAAGAGAACAUUAUGUCAAUGGUCAAAGAGAGGAUUAAGGCCUGGCGGGUUGACAAGGGGGGUCUUUUCCCUCUGAACAUCAUCUAUUAUCGCGACGGAGUGUCCGAAGGACACUACCAGAAGGUAGUGAGCGUCGAGCUGAAAGCCAUUCGCCGAGCAUGGAGAGAAGCACAGGCCGCUACCAACACCAUCCUACUGCGCGGUGACAAGGAUGUGAAACUUACGGCUUUGGUAGGUGUGAAACGCCACCAUACCCGCUUCUACCCGAUGACAGACAAGGAUGCGGACACUGAAUGGGGAAACAAUAAUUGCCUUCCUGGCACUUAUGUGGACCGAGUCGUCACCUCGCCAUACUAUCGAGACUUCUAUCUCCAGUCUCACAGCGGUGUCAAGGGUACAGCGAGACCAACUCAUUACUUCAUGCUCGCGGACGGAAAGAUUCCUAAUUGCACCACCAUCGACCAACUUCGGACGCUGACUCAUAGUCUCUGCUACACUUACUGCCGAGCCACGGGUGGCAUCUCUUACGCGGCCCCAACCUACUAUGCCGACCGCUUGUGCGACCGAGCACGUCUCUACCUCCCCGAGUCCUGGGCCGCCAACAACGUGGGGCUUCAGGCCAGUAUCGAUACUGCAAGGACCAACCACUCGACUGCACGUCAAAACAAUCGUGAUCUGCUAUACCGUCAAGUACAGCAGUUCAACUUGGCAGUGCAUAAUGCGAAGUCUAACGCAGAGCUUGCAGAUGAAGCGCAAGACGAGGACAGUCUUCGCGCGUUCACCAAGGACUUCGUCAUACAGCAUGCCAAGAACGAGUUCUACGAGUACAAGACUGACCAAACAGGAAACCCUUGGCACGAGUCUCUCGACAGGAUCAUGUUUUGGAUGUGA